UUCAGUAAUUGCCACCUCUUUUCUGUUUUCCCUUCGCCUCUUCAUCGGCGACGUGACUUCUGAUAUCAAUGCCGACUUCUUCAACGGAAUUCUAGGGUUUCAAUGAUCGGCAUUGUCGGUUUUCUUCCCAUUUCUUCCUUAUUCACGUUUUCCGAACCGAAUUUGAGCUUACUCUCCCGAAUUUCAUCUACAUUUUGCGAAAUUCUCAUCGUUUACCCACCGAAUCGUCUCUCUCGAAAUUCUAAGUGAUCACCGACGGUGAAAUCUGUUUCUCAAGAACUUGAUGGUAUGUCCUCUUGGAAGUGGGAGAAUGGAAGCCUUGACAAGGUUUCUUGUAGCUGGAAAUAUCCAACGAACAGCUUCAGAGGAAGAAGGCCGCCAUAAAUUAGCUGCUCAGUACAUUCAAAGAGAAUUGAGAGAGGCAGAUGAAGCAAAUUUGAUUGAUGAAGAAGAUAUGCACGUGUUUGGUUUGAGGCCACUUACCGAUCCUUUGCAUUUGGUAUGUUGCAAUUCUUGUAAGAAGCCAAUAAAGGCCAGCCAAUACGUUGCCCAUUCAGAGCUUUGUAAGUCAUUAAACUCUGCAGAAGAAAUUGCUUUGGAGGUCAAUGAUGGUACCGUGCACAAGAAACGCCCAAGGAAAGAGAGGAAAAAGUCACUAACUGCAUACUCUAACAAACCUAUAUCAGUCAGAAAGAAAGCAAAACCUGAAUUGUUAGAUAAUGGUUUUGCUGCAUCAUCAUGCUGUUCGGAGGAGCUUCAUUCAACUGUUUCCUUUCCUAAAGAUAAAAGAAUUUCAUCACACUUAAAUGUGGCCACUGUGAGAAAUAGCUCCAUGGUUAAUCCUGGACCUGUAGAUUGCUCAGAAGGUGCAAUCUUACACCAGGAAGAAAAUUCUAAGAUGCUAAUUGCGGGAAAUCGGCAGCUAUUAGCUAAUUUUGGUGCAGUAAAUGGUGUUACUAAGAGUUGGUCUGCAAAUUCAAGAGAAGCUAUUCCCGUUUCAGGUGAGGAGCAUCAAGAAAGGUCAACCGCUGGCAGUGACAAUACUGGUAGUCGUGCUGUUGCAGUUAAAAUUGCCACUCAAGUCCAAAAAUUUUGUCCAAAGGCUGAAGAUGUUCCACAUCCACUUGCAACUAAGAUGUACUAUUCUCAGAGAGUAGUCCGUCUCAGAUCAGCUCUCAGUUAUAUGUAUCAUGAGGCAUCAUGUAAUGACAGUGGCAAUGAGUUUGCCUGUCCAAAAGUAUUAAAAAGUAAUGUGAUGCCAGCGGACAUACUGUGUCAUAGCAACAACUCUCAUAUACAAAUUAAUUACCAGCAGGAGAAGAUCUGAAUUUUGAGAACUCUCUGCAUUAUGAAAUUGAGGAUUCUUGGUCUGCUGCCAUUUGUGCUCGAAAUUCUACAAUUUCUUAUGAAGAGCAUUAUGAAAAGCUUCUGGAUCCAUGAGCUUUUCCUUAAGCAUGAAGAAGAUAAGAAGCCGCUAUCAACUCCUAUUACCGCUGCUGUAGCACAGUAGACAAGCUCAACUCCUCGCCAGGAUAACAAUAAUAACUCCAGCAAUCGUCGUCCAGGUGUGAACACUCCUGCCAACAAUCAGCAAUGGAAAGCACAACCAUGGUGCCCAUGAAGAAACAAUCAGCAGCAGCCUUUUGACAAAUACCUUUUGCUGCCAACUAUAUGAUCACGUGGGUCAUUCACUGCCAACUUGCUAUUUCUUUCCAUUGACAAGUUUGCAUUUAACAACAGGUCAUCAACAGUAAGGCUUCUGGUCCUGCACCCUAUCCAACAUUUUUCAGCAUGAAAGAACUUCAAAAAUAGGAGGGUUGGAUUCAGAUAAUGCACCUGAUUUCUGUCUACCUCACAGAAAAUCAGGGUAUCAUCUGUAUAAAGCAAAUGAGAAAUGUUGACAGUGUCCCUUAUCCCACAUCAAAGCCAUUCAGCUACUGCAUCUCCUUGGCUUUGUCCAGCAUUCCUUAGUUCUUUUCUGUGAUCUCCAUUUAGAGAUGAUAGAGGCAGACUAAUUUAUCUUAAUUAGCAUGUGAUUGUUACUUAUUGCACGCCCUCCUUCAGUGAGUGCAGAAUAUGCUACCUCUUGAUCUAUAGAUGUCAGAUUGUCUGCUAAUUAUUUACUGAAGAUGUGACAAGGAGGAGUACUAUAGAAUACUUAAUCCAAAAAAAAAAGAGAAGAGGGAAAACCAUGGAAUAUUAGUUCUAAAAGGGCUGUAAUGUAGUUACCGUAAAAAUGGGACUUAUAUCAGAAGGUUGUGUUAUCUUUUCCAGCGUGUUCUUGUCCUUUUGCUUGUGGGUUUCCUGAAGUGUAACAUUCAUCCUCAUUUCUUUCUUCAUCAAUUAGGCUGGGAACGCUUCAUUAAGGCAGUUGAAAAUGAUUAAAAAUAUGUCUUCUGCUGAUAUCUUUUCUGGGUUCUUUUAAUGGCAAUGAUGACUGUUUCAUCCUAAUAACAAUUUCUAUCUUUGUCGGUUCCAGGAUGUAAACCAUUUCUACAGCUUCUUAUCCAAUUUUACCUGAUCCUUAUUCUAUCUCUGAGACCUAAAACCUUAAUGUAAGUCAAUUUCCUGGUAGCUUGGCUUUGGAAGAUGUUUGAGGUUGUCAUUGUUGCUCAUCUUAUGGGUGCAAUGCCUCUUUUUCUGGUGUAGAAGUUGUGUUGAAUUGGGACAUAUUUGAAACGCAGUUGCAUAUAUUCUUUUUCAGCCCAAGAUAAUUAGUCCUCAAGUCAAAAUACUGAUUGAAUCACAUUGGAGAGAAUAAUGUCUUACCCUUUGAGAAACAUAGUCAUCAGUUCCUUGGUGAGUAGUUGAAUGAGGGUUCUGUUUGCUUUCUUUCUCAGUAUGGUUAAAUUUGAAAGUUUUAUCACAAGACUGCUUUAGCAAAUGUGGUUCUAUUUUGAUUUGUUAUAUUUUAUAGUGGUUUUAUGAACUUUCAUGUAUAAGGUGUUCCUUUUUGGUGUAUAUAUAUGCGAGUGAAAUGCCUCAAACCUAUACUUCUGGUGCUUGUUUGAACAAUGAAGGAUAUCUUUUUUGAGACUUUACUGAUCUCUGAAUUCAGAGGAUUCAUAUAGCUGAGUCCAAGUUGUUUGGGAUUAUGGUGUAGUUGAUUUAUUGAUAUUGGUAUUCAUAUAGCAAGCCCCAACUAGAUGGGGAUUGAGGCAUAAUUGAUUUUUAUUGAUCUAGGUCAUUUUUCUGGUGGCUAAUGCUAAUGUUGGCUUGUGGAACAGGCAUGUGAUCAUUCUUUUCCGUUGGUUGAAAAGCCAAAUUUACUUCAAAUGGUUGAAUCUGGGGGAUGUCCACCACCU